AUGGAUAAACAAUAAUUAUUUUCAGAAUGCAUACGUAUUCUUUAAAUAACACCAUUGCGUAGAAGUCCUGAAGAAUUAAACCUCCUUCUAAGUUUUGCAAGGACUAUUACAUUUUUCAGAGAAUUAGGAGAACAGUCCCCAGAAAUGCUACAACGAUGCAUUUUAGUACUCUCCUAUCGGACAAUUAAAGGCAAAGAGGUAUGAUUGUGGGUUCUCCACUGCCUCUAGGUACUCUUCAAAGUGGGUGACUCAGGAAGUUUGUUUUACGUGAUUCUCAGAGGAUCGGUAGGAGUCAAUAUCAGAUUGCCAAACCCUGAAGAUCCUCAAUUAUUCGAAUUGAAGGAAGUUAAUACACUUAGAGCAGGUAUUGGAUUUGGAGAGUUGGCUUUAAUCAAUGAUUCAAAAAGAACAGCUACCAUUAUAGCUAAAGAAGAUUGUGUAUUUGCAGUAAUGGAGAAACAUCAUUACAAAUCUAUUUUAGGUGCUUAAGAAAUGGCAAAAAUAUAAAAUAAGAUUUCCUUUCUCUGUUCAUUUCCAUUCUUUAGUUCUUGGUCUUUCAGAGAAAUUAAAACUAUAAGCUAUCAUUUUGAACCUGUAUCUGUAACUCUCAAUUAAGCAAUUAUUAAAUAAAAUGAAUAUUGUAAUCAUUUCUAUGUUGUCAGGGAAGGAGAGUUUUAAGUACAAUUCAAUUACAAAAACAAGUUAUUUUGUAUGUAUUAAUUCAGUAAAGUUAUAUUUAUAGUUGCACUCUUGGUCCUGGUGAAUCAUUUGGAGAAGAAGCAUUUUUAAAUAAUGAAGGUUAAUUCUUAAUAAAGUCUUCAAUAUUUAUUUAAUGGGCUAAAACAAAAUACAAUAUUGUUUGUAAAAGUGAAACUGGUAUAGCAUACAAAAUCACUAGGGAAGAUAUCCAAAAGUAAAUUUAAUAUGUCUAUUUAGAGACGAUUUUGGGAUAGCAAGACCUAGAUUGUUUUUUUAUAAUUAUUAACAUCUAUUCAUCAUUUUAGAAGCAUUAAAUCAGAUUAAUUCAUUAAAGAAUAUGAAUAAAAGAAACUUAAAGAGUAAGAAUAAAUGAAUUUCAUACAUCCAAAAAAGAGUUUUGUUUAGAAAUUCAACUUAUUAUCAUAAAGAAAUACAAGCAGUGAGAUUGAGAAGGAUGUUUAAUAUGAUUAAUUCAAAUUAUAAGAAAAAUAAGCUAUUUUACAAUUUACAAAAUUGAUGAAAGAUAGAAAUUGUUCAUAUGCAUAAGUAAGAACCUUCUUUGAUUAACGUAAAUUCAAAUCUUAAAAUUACUUUAAUAAACGUUUUUAUCAUAGAUAGUUCUUUAGGUUUUCAAAUAAAAUUGAUGAGAAACUCAAAUAAGAUUAAGAUCAUUAGAUUGAUGAAAUACUAACAUAUAGUACUAACCAAUAACAUUUGGGAUAUAAUAAUAAUUCUCAUCAUUAUCCUCUUACUUAAGUCUUGAGUAGUCCAAAUACUGUUGAUAAAUUCAUAAAGAGAAUCAAAAGUAAAGUACAAAUACAGAUGAAAAAUGAAGAAAAUAACACUUUUAUUAAUAUUCGAACUCAUAGUCCUACCUCUCAUAGAAGUAUUAAUAGUAAAAGACUUAAGACUUAUAUAGAUUGA